UAAGAAAUGGAAUCAAGCCUCUGAAUGAGUAGCGAUCAUUUCGAAAAACGGCGAAGUCAUUUCGUGAGCAAAAGUGAGAUAUACGCUUAGCAAAUUCGAAAAAGAUGACAGCAAGGUACGAUAGAGCUAUUACGGUGUUUUCACCAGAUGGGCAUUUACUACAAGUGGAAUAUGCACAAGAAGCUGUGAGGAAAGGUUCUUCUGCGGUUGGAGUUCGUGGUAACGAUGUAGUCGUUUUAGGCGUUGAGAAAAAAUCCAUUGCAAAGCUUCAAGAAGAACGAACAGUUCGUAAAAUAUGUCUCUUAGAUGAACAUGUUGUAAUGGCAUUUGCAGGUUUGACAGCAGAUGCAAGGGUAUUAAUUAAUCGAGCACAAGUUGAAUGUCAAAGUCACAGAUUAACUGUGGAAGAUCCAGUUACAUUAGAAUACAUAACUAGGUACAUUGCGGGUUUGAAACAGAAAUAUACGCAGAGUAAUGGUAGAAGACCCUUUGGAAUAUCAUGCCUUUUAGCUGGAUUCGAUUAUGAUGGCAUUCCCCAUUUAUAUCAAACAGAACCUUCAGGCAUUUAUUAUGAAUGGAAGGCAAACGCAACAGGUCGAAAUGCUAAAACAGUUCAUGAAUUUUUACAAAAAUACUACACACCGGAAGAAGUAGCAACUGAGAAAGGAACAAUAAAAUUGGCUAUUAGAGCUUUGUUAGAAGUUGUACAGUCAGGGAGAAAAAAUUUAGAAAUCGCAGUAAUGCGACGCGGUCAACCUCUACAGAUGCUAGAUUUAGAUACCAUUGGGGAAUACGUUACUGAGAUUGAGAAAGAAAAAGAAGCUGAAGCUGAAAAGAAAAAGCAGAAAAAGUGAUAUCUUUAUAUGAAGUCACAUUUAUUAUUCAUUUAUUGGUAUUUUGCAUAAAAUAAAUAUAUAAAUAAAAAAAACAAAAUUUUAACAUUCA